AUGAUGUUGAAUUCUGGUGGAGGAGAAGAUGAACUUUAUGGAGAAUUAUGGAAGGCUUGUGCAGGUCCUCAUGUUGAAGUUCCUCGUGCUGGACAAAGGGUGUUCUAUUUUCCUCAAGGACACAUGGAACAAUUAGAAGUAUCAACAAAUCAGGAACUAAAUCAGAGGAUUCCAUUGUUCAAACUUCCCAACAAGAUCCUUUGUCGUGUUGUCAAUGUUCAUUUACUGGCUGAACAAGAAACAGAUGAGGUUUAUGCACAGAUAACUUUGGUGCCAGAAUCUAAUCAAACCGAGCCUACGAGCCUUGAUCCUUGUCCUGUUGAGCCUCCGAAACCGAGAACUCACUCGUUCAGCAAGGUCUUGACUAACUCUGAUACCAGUACUCAUGGUGGUUUUUCUGUUCUUCGGAAGCAUGCCACAGAAUGUCUUCCGUCAUUGGAUAUGUCACAGUCUACUCCAACUCAGGAAUUGGUUGCUAGAGAUCUUCACAAUUAUGAAUGGCACUUUAAGCAUAUCUUUAGAGGUCAACCACGUCGACACUUGCUCACAACUGGAUGGAGUAAUUUUGUUACUUCCAAGAGAUUAGUCGCUGGAGAUACCUUUGUGUUUCUGAGAGGGGACAACGGGGAAUUACGCGUUGGAGUGAGGCAUCUUGCUUCUCCACAGAGCUGCAUGCCUUCAUCUGUGAUUUCUGGUCAGAGCAUGCACAUCGGUGUCCUUGCAACCGCGUCACACGCCGUUGCAACUCAAACUCUUUUUGUAGUAUACUAUAAGCCAAGGAUGAGCCAGUUCAUUAUAAGUGUGAAUAAGUAUAUGGAAGCUAUGAACCAGAAAUGUAGUGUUGGCAUGAGGUUCAAGAUGAGUUUUGAUGGAGAUGAUGCUCCCGAGACCGACAAAAGAUUUUCUGGCACAAUAAUUGGACAAGAGGAUAUAUCUUCACACUGGUUGAAUUCAAAAUGGAGAUCACUCAAGGUUCAAUGGGAUGAGCCUGCCUCUAUUCCAAGACCUGAUAGAAUUUCACCAUGGGAGAUAGAACCGCUUAUGGCUUCUGUUCCUUCAUCGGUUCAACCUGCGGCUGUAAAAUAUAAAAGGCCUAGACUACCAAGUGAAGUUCCAGAUUUUGGAGAUGCGACGUUAUGUGACUCUACUUACUGGGAACCUGGGUUGACACAAUCAGACGUAACGCAAGUUAACGUUAUGUCUGAAAGGAAAAGGAGUGAAAGUAUGCAUAUGUGGCAUCAUAAGCAAAACGAUAAUAGUAGCUGCAACGGUAUAUCAAGGAAUCUGACAGACGGAAGUUGGCUAUCUUCUCCUCACUCUAGUGGUCCUUCUCAUUUGUGUCAUGACACGACCGACACUAGCAAGAGUGUCACCGUCUCAGCUUGGCCUAUUUUGAAAACUCACUCAGAAAUAUUGAACAAAAAUGAUAAUUUGAUUGACCAAGUUGACAAGGAGAACAAAAUAGAAACAGCUACAAGAUGUAUAGUGUUCGGGAUUGAUCUUAAUGAUUUUCCGAAUGCAUCUGGAGUCACGUCUGAGAGAUGCAUUGUCACUCCCUUAUCAAGAACUGAUGCAGACCGAAAUAAGUUUGAUAUCUCAAAGGCUUCAAAAGAAAGGAAACAAGAACAAUCUCCGAACGAAACACUAAGCAAGCAAAUCAAUAGCAGAAGUUGCACUAAGGUUCAAAUGCAGGGUGUUGCAGUGGGUCGUGCGGUGUACUUGACUGCAUUGGAUGGAUAUGAUCAACUUAUCGAUGAAUUGGAGAAGCUGUUUGACAUAAAGGGACAGCUCCAACCGAGGAAUAAGUGGGAAAUCGCCUUCACUGAUGAUGAAGGGGAUAUGAUGCUUGUUGGCGACGAUCCAUGGCCGGAGUUUUGCAAUAUGGUGAAAAGGAUCUUCAUUUGUCCAAGCCAAGAUAUGCACAAAAUGAGCUCAGGGACCAAAUUACCAAUCUCAUCAAUGGAAGAGACUGUAAUAAGCUCAGACACAGCUGAGAGAUGA